AUGUCUAACACCAACGUGCUCGGCCAUUUCCAAACACGUGAUCUUGUCAUACUUCUUUCCUUCAACAGCAGGCAAUGGAGCGUCUCUGUAGUCGCAGCACACAAUUCUGGACUGCUCUGGAGAGACACCGUAGGAGGCCAAUCUGUUGUUACCGAACUUGGUCUGGUUCUUUCCAAGGGUGAUACCGGUGACCUCCGCACCGUACUGGGAGGAUGCAAAGGAGGCCAGAGUACCCCAGCCGCAACCAAGGUCGAGCAUCUUGUCGCCCUUCUUCAAACCGAUCUUUUCACAGACAAUCUUGAGCUUGUUGUCCUGCAACUCCUCGAGAGUCUCGGCCUCGUUAAUCUUGGUGAUCACACCAGAGGUGUAGAUCAUUCUUGGACCCAGGAACCAUUCGUAGAAGUCGUCACCUCUGUCGUAGUGGUCUCUGACCUGUUCCUCGUCCUGGGACUUUGUGUGCAACAAAACUUCAGGAAUGAAGCCGAGCAGGAAGAAUUUGUACAAACUGGCUGUGAAUCUGAAAGCUGCCCAGUCGUGUCUGUACUCCAUCACGUCAAGAGCGUCACCCUUGAAAGAGACCUUGCCAGCGAAAUAGAGCUCGUGGAAAGUUUCCAUUGGGAUCUUGUUGUUGUCCUUGUACUUGUUCUUGAGCUCCUCGUCGUGGAAGUCGAGGUAGAACUGAACACCCUUGUUUGGAAGCUUGACCUUCUCGUUGAGUCUUGGGGAGUAUGA